AUGCCCGCCACCACCAUCACCACACUAUCCACAAUGUCCACCCCCCGCCCCCACCCACAGCACCAAACAAUCCCUCUCCUCCCCGUCUCCCUCGCCCUCACCGCCCUCGCCCUCCACCUGCACGCCUACUACCCGCUCCUCCUGCACGCCGUCCUCAUUGCCUUCUACACCACCAAGCUCGCCGCGCACUACGCCGUCGCCAACGGCGCCCUCACCAUCGUGGACAACAUCGUGGACGACAUCGUGCGCAUCCAUGGCGCGGCCGCGAGGGAGCGGUGGGAAACGAUCAUGGGCAUCGUGCAGCUGGGGGCGAGGGUGGGGCUGCUGCUGUGGGGUGUUGUGCGCGUGGUGUGGGGGUGCUGGAUUGGAUUUUUAGAGGUAUGUGGUUUGUCGUGGAGUGGUGGGGUGGUGGUGAGGGAGAGGGCUGAUGCUGUGCGCGUGUAUGUAGGAUAUUAUAUCAUGGAGGAGCCUGCCGUCGCUCUGAGUGUUCAAGAGGUGGAAGAGGGAGAGGAUGAUGAAGAGGAGGAGGAGGAGGAGCUGGUGUUCAGGCUCAGCGGGUCCGGUGGUAGGUUUGAAGGAGAAGUCCAAGUCGUCGGCAUGGGGGAGGAGGAGAGGGUUGAGGGCAGGUUUGGGCCCGCGGGCUUUGCGAGCGUGUCGCCGAGCUCGAGGACGACGCUCGUGGUGUAUGAUCCUGCUAUGGCGCACACUGUUGAGUGGCGUUACAGCAGCUCGCAGCUACAGAAACUGGCCUAG